CCGGGCGGGACUGGCGACAGGCCACGCCUGCCUACUUACAGGGACUUUAAGCCGCCAAGAUGGCGCUGAAGGUGAGACCCUCGGCGGCCGCGGCGGCCCCACCCGGGUCCGGGAGCCCCGCGCGAAGGACCGAGUAGCGCUGCCCGGGCCGCGGUUCUGCGCUCGUGGGUCUGCGGCGGCCUCAGUGCCCCCGACCCUCGGGGACAGCUACGUCCUCCGUCCCCGGCGCGUCCAUGAACUCCGUGUCGCCUGCCGCCGCGCAGUACCGCAGCGGGAGCCCGGAGGACGCGUGCCGGCCCGAGGGUCGGAGGCCGAGGGGACCAGCACGGAUCCCCGAUCCCAACGGCGUGGGACCCUCUGGGGCCGGCGGAGCAGCGCCCGGCUCAUCCGGGACGGACCCCGGCGAGCCGGACGAGGUGGACAAGUUCAAAGCCAAGUUCCUGACAGCCUGGAACAACGUCAAGUAUGGUUGGGCCGUUAAGAGCCGGACCAGCUUCAGCAAGAUCUCCAGUAUUCACCUCUGUGGCCGUAGAUACCAUUUCGAGGGCGAGGGUGACAUCCAGCAAUUCCAGAGGGACUUUGUAUCUCGACUAUGGCUCACGUACCGCCGGGACUUCCCGCCUCUGGCUGGAGGCAGCCUGACUUCAGACUGUGGCUGGGGAUGUAUGUUACGCAGUGGUCAGAUGCUGCUGGCCCAGGGCCUGCUGCUGCAUUUUCUGCCUAGAGACUGGAGGUGGCCAGAGGGUGCAGGCCUGACUCCCUCUGAGAUGCCAGGGCAGGCCUCUCCUGGUUGGCACCGAGGGCUGGGCCACCGGAUGCCCCCACGAUGGACCCAGUGCGCCCCUGACCUGGAGCAGGACCGUCGGCACCGGCAGAUCGUGUCCUGGUUCGCCGACCACCCCCAGGCCCCCUUUGGCCUACACAGGCUGGUGGAGCUGGGGCGUAGCUCAGGCAAAAAGGCCGGGGACUGGUACGGGCCCUCACUGGUGGCACACAUCCUCAGGAAAGCUGUAGAGAGUUGUUCAGAGGUCACCCACCUGGUGGUGUACGUCUCUCAGGACUGUACAGUCUACAAGGCCGAUGUGGCACGCCUCGUGUCCUGGCCAGAUCCUACAGCGGAGUGGAAGUCUGUGGUCAUCCUGGUGCCUGUGCGACUAGGUGGUGAGACCCUCAACCCCGUGUAUGUACCCUGUGUGAAGGAGCUCCUGCGGUCAGAACUCUGCCUGGGCAUCAUGGGGGGCAAGCCCCGCCACUCUCUCUACUUUAUUGGCUACCAGGAUGACUUCCUGCUCUACCUGGACCCCCACUACUGCCAGCCCACAGUAGACGUCAGCCAGGCUGACUUCCCCCUGGAGUCUUUCCACUGCACCUCACCCCGAAAGAUGGCCUUUGCCAAGAUGGACCCCAGCUGUACUGUGGGCUUCUAUGCUGGGAACAGGAAGGAGUUUGAGACCCUCUGCGCAGAGCUGACCAGGGUCCUCAGUUCUUCCUCAGCCACAGAGCGUUACCCCAUGUUCACAGUGGCCGAGGGCCAUGCUCAGGACCACAGCCUGGAUGGCCUGUGCACCCAGCUCUCCCAGCCCACACUUCAGCUGCCUCGCUCUGGAUGCCUCAAGGCUAAACGGCCCAGCUCUGAGGACUUUGUGUUUUUAUAGUGUGGGGGGGAGGGAGAAGAUGCCAGAUUAUUUAUUUUUUUAUUUAUAUAUCUAUAACUCCAGUGCUGGUGGUGGGAAUCCAUAUCCUCACACUCCAUCCUCCCAGUGAGCCCCAAGCGCAGCUAGAUCCCCAGCUUGGGGCUGUACCCAUUGGCUGCCACUCCCCCUUGGUCCCUCUGGGAACAGCAAUGGAGGGCGGGGCCCAGGGCACUCACUCAGGGCCUGACCCAAGUACUGUAGCUUGCACUGGAGUGCCUGAAUGCCUCACUGUCCUGGAGCCUCUGGGCCAGGAGAACUAACUAUGGCUGCUGGAGCUAAUAAAGAUGUUGAACUUGA